AUGGUCAUCGUCUGCGUUGAUCUUACAAAGAAGCCAAUAACUGACAUUGUCAAAAGUCCACAGGCACAGGAGCAGUUGUUAAGACAUGAGAGCAACUUGUUUACAUUGCCUAACAGGUAUUUUACCACCUUGGGAACCAAUUUCGGUGGCCGCAUUAGACAGGUGCCAUCAACACAGCAUGUGGAUGCUAGAACAGUCGAGUUGUCUUUAAGCCAGAAUUACUUCCGCAUUUGUUUCUUCCCCAACUGGGGACAGGACAGGGGAGGUAACGAGACGUUCACUAUCUCCAGCAUCACAGACCCGUCCCUGUGUACACACAUCAUGUACAGCUUCGCCAGGGUCGUGCCUGAAAACAACACCAUCGGCACGUACAGACCCAACGACGAUGGUCCAAAUGGCGGAUACAAAAAUAUUACUGAUCUGAAGAAACUGUACCCUGAUGUAAAGAUUAUCCUCGAUCUGGGCGGCUGGAACCACGCCUCCACGGGGUUCGUUGACAUCAUCAGCUCCUACUCCAGAAUUCUGCUCUUCUCCAAAAACGUCUGCCAGUUUCUGACGGCAUGGAACUUUGAUGGCCUUGACAUUGACUGGGAAUACCCAGCCCACAGAGGCGGAAAACCGUCUGAUAAACGUGGUUACACUAUACUUGUUAAAACAUUACGUAAGACAUUUGAAGAUGAGGCGAAACAAACCGGGAGCCCCCGACUUCUACUCUCUGCAUCGGUGGCCUCGUCGAAAAAAGUCAUAGACAAAGCGUACGAAAUCGACAAGAUAUCUAGAUAUUUAGAUUUCCUUGGUGUCAUGCCUUUCGACUUCUUCGGGGACAGAUACUUUCACAUCUUGCACCAUAGCGCCUUGUACGGUCGAAAUGGCGAAGAUUCGCCCUAUUCUGAAUCGAAUAUGCAUUACGCAAUACAGUACUAUAUAUCCAAGGGGGCGCCAAGAGACAAGAUCAUUUUCGGUGUUCCUUUCUACAGCAGGCCACUGAAACUGCUCAACAGCUCACUCGCUAUACUAGGGGCUCCGCCCCCUCCCUCCGAAAAAAAUGUUUUAGUGAUCGCUAGUGAACUGGAGCUGGGUAUUCUACUCGAGUUCAUCCAAACAGGUUUCAACUGGGGCACGUGGGACACUACGUGUGAGCGCACGUGUGUGUAUACUGUGUUCAUGCCUUGUUGA